AUAUCCGUUUGUACCACUGCCCCUUUUGUCUGUAGACUGGCACAAAGCUGUGCCCAAGAACAUUUCAGUCCGUUUGUGAAGUAAAUAAAGAUGGAAUGGAAAAGCCCGUGCGAUGCUGAAGAAGGAAGGGGAAGGGGAGAUUCUCCUCCUCCCGAUAAUCUCCUCCUCACACUCUCAUCUCAGCCUAUAACCUCUCCAUUUCCAGCCAUGAAAUCCUUCUCCGUAAGGCAGGGACACAGAUGAAUAUAAUCCCCUCCCUCCCUGUUCCAGUGCAAUCCCUUUCUUUCCUCUCUUUCUCUUUUCUUUCUUUCAUCUCUCUCAUUUGAUCGACCAUCAUCUCCUGCUCGGGCUCUGACAGCGGAUGGAAAGGAAACACCCACCGCCCUGUCAGAUCUGCUGGGGAUGAGAUUAUAAGGAGCGUGGGGUUUCCCUGAUCAAUCUCGUUUCCUCUUGCCUGGGAUCAAUACACUAAUUACCACAUUGGAGCAUGUCAGUUUGCAGAUGGAGAAGGACAAAAAACUGAAGGAGACGGCUUACUAAACCCUGGGAUUGUAUACUGUAUAUAGUACACCGCCGCUAUUGGUUUUCUACUGCAAUUUCGGGGGGAAAAGCGAUUUGUGGAGCUACAGAUGCAUGUUUGGUGAAUAAAGGAUAAUUGCCCUACAGGAGGCGAAAAGAUGAAGAGUUUGCACUGUGUGGGGUUGUACCUGCUGUCACUGCUGUGCGAGUUUACAGAGGCCAAAAAACACUGCUGGUACUUUGAAGGAUUGUAUCCUACAUAUUACAUAUGUCGCGCAUAUGAAGAUUGCUGCGGUUCCAGAUGCUGUGUACGAGCUCUCUCUAUUCAGAGGCUAUGGUACUUUUGGUUCCUCUUGAUGAUGGGUGUACUGUUUUGUUGUGGGGCUGGAUUUUUUAUCAGAAGAAGGAUGUACCCACCUUUGCUUGUUGAUGAACCUACUUUUAAUGUCUCAUACACCAGGCAACCUGCAGGGCCUCCACCAGUUUUUUUUGCAGGACCCCAGCACCCAGGAAUGCCAUAUUACUCUGAUCCAGGAGGAGCUAUGGGAAACCCAGUGACACCAUCCUUUCAUGUUCAGCCCUCUCCACAAGGGAAUCCACCAUUCCCUCCUCCACCUUCUUACUGCAACACGCCUCCACCUCCUUAUGAGCAAGUGGUGAAAUCCUGCAAAUGAACCCUCGGCAGUUUCCUUAAACCUGACUCUUGACAAGUGAUUGACUUUACCACAAGGAGGACUUGGCUCUGCACUAGCUCAGCUGGCAUAAGAGUAUUGCUAGCCUCAGUACUGGCUUGCCGAAUGGAAUGGAUGUCUUGUUUUUAUGGAAAGUGGUUGCAAUCCUGCCAAUGUCUGUAACUAGUAUACCUUUUUACCUUUCCAGCACCUGGCUGGGGUGGGAUGAGGGUGUAAUUGUCCCAGGUCUCCAUUCUAGUGCUGAAGAGGCCUAAUUUUUUUAUCACUCUUAUGUAGUAUGUAGUUACUCUAAUGUACGUAUGUUUCUCAACUGGUGAUGUACAUUACAUAUCGUUGCCUCAUGGUCCCAAGAGUGCUAGCAGAUCAUGCAAUAUCUUCAGUAAAAGGCAUGCUCUUGACUGAACCUUAUUUGAAUACGUGUUUUUAAUCCCAAUAAAUAAAACUAAUUUUAUUGUCAGAAUUGUUAA